AUUUUUAUCUAGAUGGCAAAUAGAAAGAUUGAAUUGUCAAAAGAAGUAUUAUCUUCUAGUAGAGUUGCAAAAAUAUUUCCAGAAAGUACAAAUAUUUUGACUUCUAUAUCGUUUAAUGAUACCGGAGAAUAUUGUAUUACCUCAGGAGAAGAUGAUAGUUUAAACGUUUAUAAUUGUAGAGAAGGCAUUGUUCGAUCAACACUUUAUUCAAAGAAAUAUGGUGUGACUUUAGCUCGCUUUACGCAUCAUAAAAAUAAUGUUAUUUAUGCAUCUACUAAAGAAGAUGAUACAUUAAGAUAUCUAUCCAUUCACGAUAAUAAAUAUAUUCGCUAUUUUCGUGGACAUAAAAAGAGAGUGACUUCAAUAUCAAUGUCACCCAUUAAUGAUACUGUCUUAACUUCUUCUUUAGAUGAAACAGUACGUUUAUGGGAUCUUCGAUCAUCUACUUGUCAGGGCGUUUUACACGGGGAAAGUAAAACACUUGCAGCAAUAGACCCUCAAGGAUUAGUAUUUGCAGUAGGCACUAAUUCAAGCACAAUUCAUGUUUAUGACUGUAGAGAAUAUACCAAAGGUCCAUUUGAUACCUGGCAUAUACAAGAUAAUCAGCGUCUUGGUCGUUUACCAGAAUGGACAAGUUUAAAAUUUACACCGGAUGGCAAAAAGUUAAUAAUUACUACAUUAUCAGAUAUCAUUUAUAUUCUAGAUGCAUUUACAGGUGCUUUAAUACAAAAACUAGUAGGACACUCAGGACCAAAGGAAGGGUCUUGUGGUGAAGAAGUAUGUAUUACGCCUGAUGCUUCCUUUGUAAUGGCUGGUGGAAAAGAUGCGAUCUUGAGAAUUUGGGAUAUAAAUAAUACCGAGAUUAUGGAAAAUAAACCAUUUACAGCAUUCCCAACACCACAUAAGCGUGAAAUAACAAUUGUUGGAUAUAAUCCUUUAAAUGCAGUGGGCGUAACAGGUGCUAAUGAAUUGGAAUUCUUAGAUUUAACAAUGACUAAAACAGAAUCAAAACCAUUGACUAUAUGUAUUGAUAGAGGAGGGACUUUUACUGAUUUUAUUGGGUUUAUUGGAAAACCAGGAGAUGAAAAUUAUCGUGAAUAUGUUGUAAAGUUACUUUCUGAGGAUCCAUCCAAUUAUAAUGAUGCUCCUACUGAAGGUAUCAGGAGGAUUUUAGAACUUGCAACUGGCAAAAAAUAUCCUCGUUCUGAGCCUGUACCAACAACACAAAUUGAAAGUGUACGUAUGGGGACUACAGUUGCAACAAAUGCAUUAUUAGAAAGAAAAGGAGAAAAGAGUGCAUUAUUAAUUACAAAAGGAUUUCAAGAUCUCUUAACAAUUGGUAAUCAAGCUAGACCCAAGAUCUUUGAUUUAUCAAUAAAUAAACCAGAUGUACUUUACCAGAAAGUCAUUGAAAUUGAUGAACGUGUUGUUUUAUUGAAUUCAGCUGCUUCUUCGGAACAAAUUGAUCCUGAGUCAAUUAAGGAUAAUAAAAAUAUUAAAAAAGGUAUUUCCGGUGAAUGGAUAAAAGUUGUAAAAUACCCAGAUCUUGCUACUAUUAAAUCUCAGUUACAAAAGUUGUACAAUGAAGGAUAUCAAAGUAUUUCGGUUUGUCUUUUACAUUCAUAUAUAUUUCCAGAUCAUGAACAAAGGAUAGGUGAUUUAGCUAAAACGAUCGGAUUCUCUCAUGUUUCACUAUCGAGUCAAGUUAUGCCAAUGGUGAAAAUAGUGCCUCGAGGGACCUCUGCUACAGCAGAUGCUUAUCUAACACCUUGUAUUCAAAAAUAUAUUAAAGGAUUCGUGGAUGGCUUUGAUGAUGGGUUCAAAAAUGGAACAACCCAGUUACAAUUCAUGCAGAGUGAUGGUGGAUUAGUACCUGUCAAUCAUUUUUCAGGCUUUAGAGCUAUCUUGUCGGGCCCAGCAGGUGGUGUAGUAGGUUAUGCGUUAACGACAUUUAAUCAACAAAAUAGAGUACCCAUUAUUGGAUUUGAUAUGGGUGGUACAAGUACAGAUGUAUCACGCUUUGAUGGUCAUUAUGAACAUGUCUUUGAAACAACCACAGCAGGUGUAACCAUUCAAGCUCCUCAGUUAGAUAUCAAUACUGUAGCUGCUGGAGGUGGUUCAAUGCUCUUUUUUAAAAAUGGCAUGUUUGUUGUUGGUCCUGAGAGUGCAGGUGCUCAUCCUGGUCCCGCAUGCUAUAGAAAGGGAGGACCUUUAGCUGUCUCUGAUGCAAACUUAUUCUUAGGCCGACUUUUGCCUGAUUAUUUUCCCAAGAUUUUUGGUCCAAAUGAAAACGAGUCCUUAGACAAAGAAAUUGUUGAAAAGAAAUUUCAAGAACUUGCAAAUGAAAUAAAUGCCUCAACACCAAAUGAAAAAAAAUCACUUGAUGACAUUGUGUAUGGGUUUAUUAAAGUGGCUAAUGAGACCAUGUGUCGCCCUAUUCGUGCCUUAACAGAGGCCAAGGGACAUGAUACAAGUAAUCAUACAUUAGCUGUGUUUGGUGGUGCAGGUGGCCAGCAUGCAUGUGGUAUUGCUCGUAAUUUAGGUAUCAACAAAAUCGUCUUGUAUCGUCAUAGUUCUAUUUUAUCUGCCUUUGGUUUGGCUUUAGCAGAUGUUGUACAUGAGGUGCAAGAACCUUCAGCUGAAAGGUUGAACUCAGACCAUCUCUCCGGUAUCCAAACUCGAGUAGCUCACCUUAAAGAGGCUUGUCGAGCUGAACUGAAAAGGCAAGGAUUUCGUGAUCAAGACAUCCUAACUGAGGUCUAUCUUAAUCUUCGUUUCGACGGUACUGACUGCGCCUUAAUGACUUUGCAGCCCUCUCCUGAUAAUUGGGAAUUUGAAAGGGCCUUUUACGCGCUUUAUAGACAAGAAUUUGGUUUUAGUCUCAAGGAUCGUGAUAUCAUUGUAGAUGAUAUUCGAGUGCGAGGUAUUGGUAAGACGAUACAAUCCAAUGAUCUUACACCAGAUCGUGAAAUAGAGGAGCUCAGGGCCUCAAAUAAAAUUCUGGACAUUAAGAAAGCAACAGAUCUUGUAGAUCAAUAUGUAUCUGUUUAUUUUGAAGAAACAGGACGCGAUAACCAUGUCCCCGUCUAUCGUUUAAACAAAUUAGCCCCUGGCUUUUCUGUACCUGGUCCUGCUAUCAUUAUUGAUGUUACAGCUACUGUGGUGAUAGAACCAGCAUGUACAGCUUUAAUUACUGGAAACCAUAUCACUAUAACAGUUGGACGCGGUGAAAAGAAAGUUGUAACGACAGAGAUGGAGCCCAUUCAAUUGUCUAUCUUUUCUCAUCGUUUUAUGAGUAUUGCAGAGCAAAUGGGUCGUACACUUCAAAAAACUGCUAUUUCUACCAACAUUAAAGAACGACUCGACUUUUCAUGUGCAUUGUUUGGCGCUGAUGGCGGCUUAGUAGCCAAUGCGCCUCAUAUUCCUGUACAUUUGGGUUCAUUAAGUCAUGCUGUUAUUUAUCAGCAAAAUUUUUAUAAAGGUAAACUUUAUGAAGGUGAUGUUAUCAUGACAAAUCACCCGCAAGCUGGAGGAUCACAUUUACCUGAUAUUACCAUUAUUACACCUGUGUUUGAUAAAGGGGAGAUAGUAUUUUUUGUAGCAUCUAGAGGACAUCAUGCUGAUAUUGGUGGUAUAUCACCGGGUUCAAUGCCUCCUCAUUCAAAAGAACUUUACCAGGAGGGAGCUGCUAUUAAAUCAUUUAAAAUUGUUUCAAAGGGGCAAUUUGAUCAAAAGGGACUUGAAGAGCAUUUAUGUACUAUUCCAGCUUCUUAUCCUGGAUGUUCGGGUUCGCGCGCUUUUAGAGAUAAUAUCUCAGAUCUUAAAGCACAGAUUGCUGCUAAUCAAAAAGGAAUCAACUUGGUUAAAGCACUAAUUAAAGAAUAUGGACUUGAUGUAGUUCAGGCCUAUAUGAUGCAUAUUCGUCGUAAUGCAUCUAAUGCAGUUAAAGAUCUUUUAAAACAAGUCGCUAAGGAUCACUCUAAUCAAGAUCUUGUUGCAGUAGAUUAUAUGGAUGAUGGUACACCCAUUCACUUGAGAGUUACGAUUGAUCCAGACAAAGGUACUGCUGUAUUUGAUUUUGAAGGAACUGGACCAGAGGUAUACGGAAACACGAAUGCGCCUGAAAGUGUAUGCCAUUCUGCGAUUAUCUAUUGUAUAAGAUGUUUAGUCAAUCAAAGUAUUCCCUUGAACUCUGGCUGUCUUGAGCCGAUUACGAUCAAGAUUCCAACUAAUUCCAUUCUAAGCCCCUCCGAACGAUGUGCUGUCGUUGGUGGUAAUGUAUUGACAAGCCAGAGACUUGUGGAUGUUGUACUAAAGGCAUUUGAAGCAUGUGCAGCCAGUCAGGGAUGUUGUAACAAUCUUACUUUUGGAAAGGGGGGUAAAGAUGAGACAACGGGCAAGACAACAACGGGUUGGGGAUACUAUGAAACGAUUGCAGGUGGUAGUGGUGCGGGCGCGACUUGGAAUGGGCAAAGUGGUGUGCACACACAUAUGACCAAUACACGUAUAACAGAUCCUGAAAUCUUGGAACGUCGUUAUCCUGUUAUACUACAUCGAUUUGCCAUACGUCCUCAUUCAGGCGGUGAAGGUCUUUAUAGAGGAGGGGAUGGAGUGAUUCGUGAAAUUGAAUUCUUAGAAGAUGGUAUUCAAGUCUCUAUUUUAUCUGAACGUCGUGUAUUUAAACCUUAUGGUCUUGCAGGAGGAGAAGACGGCGAAAGGGGUCUUAACAUUUGGAUUCGACAUGAACAAGGGGGCAUGAUUCGAACUUUAAAUUUAACAGGAAAAAAUUCUGCUACUUUUGGUCGUGGAGAUCGUAUCCUUAUCCAGACCCCUGGUGGAGGUGGUUAUGGUAAAAAAAAAUAAAUAAAUAAGGGAAAAAUAAAUAAAUAAAUAAUAACAAU